AUGAGUGCUUUAUUCCCGACACCCGUUCAUUCCUAUACGACGUUUUCCGAUACUGUCACCGUAUCUGAUUCUACCACAAAGACAUCGAUACAGUCGACGUCUGUAGAAUGUAUUCCAAAGUAUCCUCUACGAGUGACACAUCAAUUUAUUCCACGUCGUGCCCAAGACUUUGAGGAUGGUGGUGCGUACCCUGAAGUUCAUGUUACCCAAUUUCCCCUGGAAAUGGGUAAAAAAACCGAAACAAGUGGUUUUUCUUUAUUGGGUAAUCAUCACAAUACCCUAGCCCUUCAAGUCGAUGGAAACGACGGAAAAAUCAAGUAUGAUGCAAUUAUUACGGAACAACAUCGUGCGAAACAAAUUCAAGUGUAUACAAAAUUUAGUGAUUUAGUCGAAAAAGAGUCGACAGAAAUUUAUGUGGACCACCCGGAUCACGAGGAACAAGUGGCAACAGCAUUACGGACACAGAAAGCGUUACAAACUCUUGUACAGACAAAAGUAUCGAGUUCCUUACCACUCGAUAUCAAGCAACAGAAGACGGUGAAAGAAACAGCAAAAUAUAUUCGAUAUACACCCAAUGAUCAAGGAAUUGCAAAAGGUUCGAACCAACGGAUUAUUCGGAUGGUUGAGGUGGCUAAGGAUCCAAUGGAACCACCGAAAUUUCAACAUACAAAGGCUGUACGUGGUCCACCAUCUCCACCCGUUCCAGUCUUGCAUUCUCCGGCUCGGAAAUUAACAUUAGCAGAUCAACAAGCAUGGAAAAUUCCACCGUGUAUUUCUAAUUGGAAAAAUUCCAAAGGAUUUACAAUUGCAUUGGAUAAACGGUUAGCAGCAGAUGGAAGAGGAUUGCAACAGGUGACGGUGAAUGAUAAUUUUGCAAGUUUAUCGGAAGCAUUGGCCAUUGCCGAACGUAAAGCGAGAGAAGAGGUAAAUCUGCGGGCACAGGUACAGAAAAAACUAGCAAUGAAACAAAAGGAACAAAAGGAGAAUCAAUUGCGUGAGCUUGCCUCAAAAGCUCGUAUGGAACGUGCGGGCAUUCGUGUGGAUAGUGGUGAGGAGGAGGAGGACCGCCGUCGCGGACGCCAUCGACGUUCCUCUAGCGCUGACAAUGCUCGUCAGCGUCAUGAUAGUCAAGAUGAAGACCGUGAUAGUGAUAGUGAUGCUGAAGGACGCCGAGAACGUGACCGCAUCCGUCGUGAGCGCAAGAAGGAGCGCGAACGUGAGAUGCGCAUGGAGAAAUUAGGCAAAAAGGGCAAACUGGCGCGUGAUGAAGACCGUGACAUUUCAGAGAAGAUUGCGCUUGGACAACUCCAGGGCGGUGGCAAAGCUGGUGGCACUGACGGUAUGUUUGACUCGCGGCUGUUCAACCAAUCUCAGGGCAUUGGUUCUGGUUUUGGCCAAGAGGACGAAUACAAUGUGUACUCGAAGCCGAUGGUGGAUCGUGGCAAAGCUAGCGUGUACCGCCCAAAGGGUGAUGAUGGUGCUAUUGACGCAGAAAAGGACUACGAGGAUCUAAAGCAUGGUCACUCAAAGCGUUUCAAGGCUGACAAGCAAUUCCGAGGUACUGAAGCUGUGGCGAGAGGUGGAGGACGCGAUGGUCCGGUACAGUUUUCAUACGAUGACACCAAGAGUGAGGAUAACGAAGAUGCCAGCAAGACCCGCUUCCCUGAUGCUCGCCGCACUGAUCCACGUCGAUCGCCGUCUGGCUCUCCAGUAGAGUCUAAGUCAAAGACGCGUCAUCCAUCGAGUUCGCCGCUACGAUCUCAUGAUAAUGGCCGUGGAUCUUCGCCUCACUCGCACAGCCGUGGCCGUUCGCCUUCCAGCUCGCCACGUAAGUCAAGAGAUCGCGGCCGCUCUUCGUCGCGCUCACCACUGCACUCAAGAAGUCGUAGGCGCUCACCGUCUGGAUCUCCGCCGCGGUCUCGUGGACGCGGUCGUUCUCCAUCUCGAUCCCUGCCGCGGUCUCGUGGACGUGGUCGAUUCCCGUCACCAUUCCGAGGCCGCGGUCGAGACCGUUCAGCACUCCGCGAACGUAAGCGUUCGCCGUCACGGUCUCCGUCAUUUUCUCGAGAGCGUGGUCGUCCCCGUGCCCGUUCUCGCUCUUCGUCGUAUUCGCGCGGUCACAGUAGGCGUCGGACACCGCCGUCUUACAAACGAUCUCGACGAUCUCCGUCCCGCUCCCGAUCUCGAAGCAGCGAGGAUCGCCGCAAGCGUCGCCGCCGCUCGCCCAGCGAGGACAGCGACGAUGAUCCGUUUGGACUCGACCAGUUCUUGACAGACGCUCGAAAGGGGACUGGAAAGGAUCGCCGUUCUUCAGGCCGUGGCCGUCGUUCCCGCUAA